AUGAAAAAUAAUAAUAAAAUUUUGUUUAAUAAAACAUAUUCAACUGAUUCUAAUAAUUCAUUCAGUCAAGUAGAACAAAUAAAUAAAUUAAUAUCUGGUGCUAUUUCAAGAACAAAUGAUAAUUCUUUGCCAGAAAAUAAAUUAAAAGAAUGCAUUAAAUUAUAUCAAAAUCUUAAUAAGGAUAGGAUUAAAUUCCUGAAUAUUUUGGCUAAUGAUUUUGGAGUGUCCAGAGAAAAUUCUAAUGAAGCUCCUGGACAAUAUGUAAAUAAAGAUCCUUAUGGAAGAGCUGCAGUUCGUGCAGAAAUGAUUUUGCAACAUACAAUGAUACCAUUACAUGACAUUUUCUUUAAUCGUAUAAAUGAGUUACCUGGUGGAAUCAAAUUCUUGGUGGAAAUGAGGGCAGAUUUGUUGAAAUUUAUUCGUGAAAAUAAUCAUGAAGUCAGUUUAGCUUCUCUCGAUAAAUCUCUAAGACAAAAAUUACAAAAAUUGGUAUUAAAUAAUAUUGAUCUAAAAAGAGUAACAUGGAAUUCACAUUAUUCCAUCUUGGAAAAUAUCAGAAAUUAUGAAGCUGUUCAUGCUGUUACUAAUUGGGAAGAUUUGAAGAGACGAGUUGGACCUGGAAGGCGAAUCUUUGCAUUCUUUUAUCGAGAGGAUCCAUAUUAUCCACUUGCAUUUAUUCACGUGGCACUUACAAAAGAGAUUACAGGAAAUGUUCAAUCGAUAUUAGAAGAAGCGUCAUUAACAGAUGAGGAAGUAACAUGUGCAAUAUUCUAUUCAAUCACAUCACAACCAGGAUUAUCUGGAAUGGAAUUGGGAAAUAUUCUAAUUAAACAAGUGGUAGAAAAAUUACAGAGCGAAUUUAAAUCUCUUAAAACUUUUUCUACAUUAAGUCCAAUACCUGGAUUUCAAAUGACAAUAGUAAAAUUAAAAAUUCAAGGAAGUGAAGAUGAAGUAUUAAAUGAGUUGACCAAAUCACAAGAUGUUUUGAAACCUAUCUUGAUGAAGUUUUGUGCAAGAUUAAAUUGGUUAGGAGAUACAUCAGGCAAGAUAUAA